CGCCCAUAAAAAUGUGACGUGCCACACAAACCUUCAAGCCCAGCGUCGCCAACCAUCAAACCCAACCCAACCAAACCAAGCAACGCAAUUCCCCCAUCCCCGAACCAGCGCCGCCGCCUCCUCUCUCCGCCACCGCCACCGUCCGGACGCCCCCCGCGCGCGCCUCCUCGGACCCCCGCACCCCAAGCUCUCCAUCCCGCCGUGGAUCACCGUGUGAGGAGGGGCGCACCGGCCGGGCCCCGGCGGCCCAGAUGGUGUCCGGCGCCGGCGGGGGCGAGUAGCGCGAUCGGCGGCGGCGGCGGCGGCGAACGGAUCGGCGGCGCGGCGAGGCGGCGGCGGGGGCCACCAUGUCUGCGGUAGUGUGCGGCAAGAGGUCCUCCUCCAUCUUCGGCGACGAGCUUAUACCUUCCCCUUCCUCCCCUCCGUCCCCUCCCCAUCACCAUCAUCCCUCCAAGCGGGCUCGCUGCUCCCCGGCUCGCCGGAGGGAGGCGCUGCUCCACCACCUACUCCCCCUCUUCCCGGACAUGGAUCCCCAGUUGCUCGAAAGAGCUCUUGAGGCAUCUGGAGAUGAUUUAGAUUCUGCAAUAAAAAGUUUGACUGAGCUGCGCUUGGAGUCAGCUGAGGCUAUCCUAUCCGCUACUGUUGGUGCAUCAGAGAAUGGUCUAUCGGCAGCUCUUAAGUUGUCAGCUGAAGGCACUGUCAGUAAUGGCCGUGUAGUUACUGAGCAUCCCCCUGCAAUUGAUAUUAAUAAGACAAAUAAUCAUAGCUCUGAAUGGGUUGAGCUAUUUGUCAGAGAGAUGAUGAGCUCCUCCGACAUAGAUGAUGCACGAGCUCGUGCCUCCAGGGCUUUGGAAGCAUUUGAAAAAUCCAUCAUGGAUCGAGUAGGGCCUGAAGCAGUGCAGAAUUUGCACAGGGAAAAUGUGAUGCUGAAGGAGCAACUAGCAAUAAUACUGCGCGAAAAUGCUGUUCUGAAGCGCGGUGUUGCGAUACAGCAUGAGCGCCAAAAAGAGUUUGAUGCAAGGACUCAGGAGGUUGACAGCCUGAAACAGUUGGUGCUGCAGUACCAGGAGCAGCUAAAAACUCUCGAGAUAAAUAACUAUGCACUUAGAGUGCAUCUGAAGCAAGCUCAGCAGAACAAUUCUAUGCCUGGACGUUUUCCCCCUGAUGUCUUCUAAUAAAUGUUGUGCUUAUGUACCUCUCAUAAUAAACACCAUGAUGUAUUUAAAGUGAGGGAGAGGGAUUCACGUAUCGCUACUGUGAUAUAGUGACUCAGGACCUUUAGGCCGAGAGCUCAAAUGUUGCAUAUACCAGCAAAUCACCCAAUCAUCAGGCUUACGCAGCUACGAAGCAUCGACAUAAGGUCCGGAACUCCUGUUUACUUGGAGGUUGAACUGGUAUGUGACAUUACUGUCUGCUUGGCGGUGCACCCUGGUGCUUACUGUCUGCUUGUGACAUUAUGGGUUGCGUCAUUGCGUGGGUUGGAAUUGUAAGAACUGAUGCAUUGUAAUAUGGAACGCAGAAGAAUCAAGCGAUGUACUGGUUAUAUUGAGAGAGAGAGGAUGUUUUACCAGCUAGAACUGUUCAUGUUUAA